AUGCAACGCGCAGGCAAGCACGCCCUCAUCGUGAACGAGCUGCUGCGCCACUUCUGGGGCUGCAUCCCCUGCAACAGCGAGGCCAAGCGGCGCAAGAUGGACAAAGUGUUGGAGCAAAUGGACCUGUCCUACCGGGACCUGAACGCGCUCCUGGAGCGCAGCCGCGGCGAGGAGCGCGCCUACGUGUCCCAGAUCAUCCGCCCGAUGCGGGAGCAGCUGGACGCGGCCGAGGCGGCGUCGCGGCACGUAAAGCGGAUGCUCAGCCAGAAGACGCGGCAGGGGACGGGCGGCGGCGGCGGCGGCGGCGCCGGCGGCGGAGCGGGGUGA